AUGCGUUCUAGCAUCGCUUGCUCUCGGUGCAGGCGAAGCAAGAUCAAAUGUGUCAAUGCGGGUAUCGAUACUACUUGUCGGGCAUGUGAAUCCUCGGGGAGGGAAUGCGCCUAUCCGACUCCCGCUCCGGCAGGCGGUGGAGGUGGCACGAAGCGCGACAUCGUUGCCACCGGGGAUGGAGAUGACCGGAAUGGCGAGUGGGAUAGCCCCAAGCGUCAGCGUUCAAGGAAGUCCACGAAUGCUGCACCCGCAGGAGCAAAGGAUGUCAUCAAACCAACCGCCGCUCACGUACUAGAUUCGUCCAUCUUGACCGUCAAAGUCUGGGAGAGCCUAUUCGAACUCUUUCAGUUGCAUUUCUCCACCAUCCUCCCGUUUUUACACCCGUCCACCUUUCUCGCUCAGAUCCGCCAGCUUUCCGCGAACUCAGCGCAACAGGAUGGCCAACCAUCCGGUGACCACUCGCAGAGCCCAGUUCCAGCUUCGGAGGCUUCUCCAUUGAUUCUACUAGGCGUUCUAACCCUGACUGCUCGAUUCCACCCACAGUUAACUCACUAUCACUCUCCCCCAUCACCCGUUGCGCCAUGUAACCCUCUCGUAGCCUCUGAUUUUUUUGCGAACGCACUACGAUCGAGACUCGCGGGUAUUGAUGGAGUGGACCUUACGUCAACCGACAUCAGUCGGGUUCAGGCCCUCCUCAUGCUAAGCUUACACGAAUGGGGAAUGUGCAGGGGUAAAAACGCCUGGGUUUAUCUUGGGAUGUCAAUCAGACUGGCUCAGGUGAUGGGCUUGGCUUUCGAGCCGGAGAGUGAUCAGCAGUCAUCACAUAAAACAUCCUCUUCGGGCUUGUUUAACGCAGAGGUAGAACAACGCGACCAGAGGGACCGUAAUUCGGACGACGUGAUCGAACAGGAGACUAGACGGCGGACUCUCUGGAGCUGUCUCAUGCUAGAUCGAUACCUCAGCAAUGGCAAAUAUCGUCCUCGCAUGAUCAAGGUUCAGGACAUAGAGAUCCAGCUUCCUAGCGACAAUGCAUUCGCUUCGAUUCCCAGCUUACGCCAUAGUACGGGUUAUGGGGAGGACUCGAAAUUACGCACCAGUGGGCCGUCAGAUCUGAAACAAUGGUCGUCAACUAGUCAACGAAACGAAGUAACGGAAAAUGGUAUUGAUCGAUGGGAAGUGGGUGCGGAGGAGUGCGUAUUGAGUAGACUGAUACGGAUGGUCAGAAUCUGGGGCAGCAUCGCAAAAUGGUCGAGCUCUGGCAAUAGAAGGAUUGAUCAAUACCCUCCAUGGCAUCCCGAUUCUCGCUUCAGCUCUCUUCGACAACUUCUAGUCGAGUUCCAGGAUGGUCUCUCCCGCAAUUUACAGUACACCCAGCGCAACACCGACACUCAUAUUAUGUACAAAAACAAUUUGGCACCCUACUCACUUAUCCACAUUCUCUACUUCCUAUCCGUGAUCGUACUGCACAGAGCGUACCUGCCAUUCUUGCCGUUGAGGUGCGCUGAUCCGCAGGGACCUCUCGACGAGCCGUGUUUCCCAUCCGAUAAAUAUCUUGUGCCUGAGGGGUUCUGGCGGGAAAGUGCUCGAGAUUUGUUCAAAGCAGCGCGCCAACUGAUGGAACUUGUCAAAAUGUGUGAAGAACGUGGGGUAUUAAUGGAGACUCCUAUGGUCGGUUUUGCUAUAUAUAACGCUGCGCUCCUUGGUAUUUACGCUGCUCAUUUUAACCAGAUGGACCAAGAAGGUUACAUUUGCUCGAAACCGGGCUCGACAGAUGUUGUUCCGGGUCUAGGUUGUCAGGGACAAAUUGACGUACGGAGAGCCAUUGAAAUUCUAGGGGAGAUGAGACCACGGCUGAAAAUGGCUACUGGGUGGUUCCGGACCAUUCACCGCGUUCAUGGCUAUUUUUCCAGAGCCAGGCGGGAUUUUAAACGAAGUUCCCGACACCUAGACAUGCUAGGUGCUGGGCCUGGCCCCGAAAACGACCUCCGAACCAGUAACGGACGCCCUUAUGGCGUACGAGAAAUGGGACAUGCAGGCUCAUUUGACGAGCUGAAGCUCUUGGACAAGGUCCUCCUAGACCUUGGUAACGCAGAAGAUCAGGUGGCGGAUAUUAACGGGCCGGAUGAAGAUGGCACAACAGCUUCGGCGAAUUUGGUGGAACGAGGUGGUGCAGCCAGUGAAGUUGGCAGCACUGCCGUGAAAAGCGAAUCCGCGGAUGGUCUGGACUCUCAUGCCGAUGGGGUUGCUGGUGCCCGCAGAGAAUCGUGGGUACCUGUCAACAGCCUUAACAGCCCAGUUCACGGACCACCACAACCACCACCAUCCUCCGGAUCAGAACACGACCGUCCCAGACCGCUCGAGAAUGACCGCUGGACCAGCCUGCCUCCUCCCCAACCACAAUCCUACCCCCUCCCCUCAUUACAGCCGCCGCAUAGCAUACCAUCGUCAACCGCAUCACAUAACCCACCGCCAUCCCUAACAUCCCCCGGCUCCUACGCCUCCUCCACCCCAAGCACAACUGCACCACCUACCAACCCCCAACAGCUCCCCGCACCCUCUAACCGCCUCCAACCCCUCCAGCCAUGGAUUACAUCCCGCCAACCGGCGCCCGCCCCUUACUCGCAAUCUCUACCAUCCAUCAACGCCGCCGCGCACCACGGUUUCCCUAUGCCACCACUCCCAGGCGCACUACCGUUCCACCUCAACCCGCCGAGACUCGAUGCUCCAUCGCGCCCGUAUUCCGCCGGCAGCGGGAAAAAUAUCGGUAGCGGCACCGGUAGCAGCAGUCCUGGCUGGAUGAGCUGUCUUGGGGGUGACGAUGUUCUCAUGUUUAUCGAGGGGACUAGUCAAGACCAAUGGCCUUCCUCGGUAGCCGGUUCACGAGGGCUUGCGAAUGGUUGGUUGAGUACCGUCUGGUGUGAACAGGGCCAGUGA